UUAAUAUAAAAAAAAUGAAUUUUAUACAAAGAGUAGCUUAUCGUUAUGGAUAAAGCAAUAUCUCAAAACUUGAGUAAAUUGGAUUGAGCCAUACCAAAAGCAUUAACUUAUCUAGACCUCCAAGGUAAUAUUAAUUUUAAUGAGAAUCAGAAAUUUCAAUCCUGGACAAUAAGCACCAGUUGCUUAUAAUGAAUAAUUCAGUUACCCAAAAGAUUAUAGACCUUGGACAAUUAAUUACAAGUACAAAUAGUAUUUAAGUAUAAUAGGAAAGAUGGUCUUUUCUGGUUGGCAAUGAGUAUUUCUUGGUUUGCAUAUUUCUCUUAUGAGUUAGCUUAUUUAAGAAGAACAGAACAAGAAGAAAGACCAAAUAAAGAUUAUUAUGCUUCUUGAUGAAGUUAAUAUAUACAUAA